CCUCUGAGGGGAGAUCGGCGUGUGACUGCGUAUGCCUUACCCACGCUAUCUUCUGCGCUCCAGCGCCCACGGCGUGUAGAGAAUGGGCUGCCUUGUUUGGGCGGCUUAGUUUACCCUACUCAGUCGAGAAGCACGUAAUGUGUAGGGCAGUGAGAGCAUUUGCUACAUGCUUAGGCCGAGAGGCAGCGUGGCUGGUAUUGUGAGCUGUCAGCUUUAGGUUUAAAGCAUUGAAACUGAGCUUGGGAAGGAGGAGAGGACAGAGGACAGGUGGGGCUGUGUGUUUUAAUCCCAGCUCACUCAGCCUUCUCAUUUUGGGAGCCACGCGCUUCUGAACAAAGCUCUCAAUAGGGGCUUCAAUGCUGUGCCACGACUUAACCUUACAACAAAGAAGCUUUCCGACCAUUUGCGCACCCAUGUCUGCUUUAGGCAGGUGGAGUGACGCAAUACUUAUGGGCAAUGGAAUGUAAUAAAAAGAGCAGAGAGAUUCUAGCACCAGACUCAUCUGUGCAAAAUUUUGCUCUAUUCUCUUCUUAGCUGUAUGACCUUGAGCAAAACACUUGAGGGGGCCUCUUCCCACACCUUCGGUUUUCAUGUGCGCAAAACUGGAGAAUGCUAUCUGCUUCAUUCACCGUUGUGAGGCUUCAGUGAUCUCAAGGAACGAACCCAGUUAAAACCCUAUCAAGCAUGCAACAAAUACAUUCUCCACUCCCCACCCCACCCCAAAAUUAAGGCCAGCACUUGAAGGAUUAAAUACUGUCAUUGUGGGGUCUAAAGUUCUGGUUAACCUUUGAACCCCAAGGCGGAGCAGGAUCUGGGACUGAAAACGGCGUUUGUUUAAAAUUCAGCAGACCCGCUGGGCAGUGCACCUUCCAGGCCUUUCCAGGACACCUCGAUAUUUCUCAGGAAGAAGUCAUUCACAGAAUUGCAUAUGGACAUCACCAUACACACCUACCCGGUGGCAUCAGUGAAUGGAGAAGAGGAUGACCAAAUAUUAAGGUCACAUUGAGAAGCCAAUGUCUGUGGCAUUGACCAACAUUUUGAAAGCAGAUGAACUAGAAAUUAAGCCUCAGAUAUGGCUGACUCCAAAACUCUAGCACCUUCUACCGUAUCUGGCUGUCUACCACAACAACUUCAAAAUGAGGAGGUUGAAAUAUGUUAAUGAUUUUCAGACUCUGCUCUAAGGAGUUCUAGGUGGCUGUCUAGAAGAUGACCAUAGAGGACCUUCCAGAUUUUCCAUUAGAAGGAAAUCCUUUGUUUGGAAGAUACCCAUUUAUAUUUUCUGCUUCUGAUACCCCAGUUAUCUUCUCCAUUUCUGCAGCACCAAUGCCUUCAGACUGUGAAUUUUCUUUCUUUGAUCCUAAUGAUGCAUCAUGCCAGGAAAUUCUUUUUGAUCCCAAAACUUCGGUUUCAGAAUUAUUUGCCAUUUUAAGACAAUGGGUUCCUCAGGUCCAACAAAACAUUGACAUUAUUGGAAAUGAGAUUCUUAAGAGAGGUUGCAAUGUGAAUGAUAGAGAUGGACUGACAGAUAUGACUCUUUUACAUUAUACCUGCAAAUCUGGAGCUCAUGGUAUUGGUGAUGUGGAAACAGCUGUAAAAUUUGCAACUCAACUUAUUGACCUGGGAGCAGACAUUAGUUUGCGGAGUCGCUGGACAAACAUGAAUGCUUUGCAUUAUGCUGCUUAUUUUGAUGUCCCAGAACUUAUAAGAGUGAUUUUGAAAACAUCGAAACCAAAAGAUGUGGAUGCCACUUGCAGUGAUUUUAAUUUUGGAACAGCUUUGCAUAUUGCAGCAUACAACUUGUGUGCAGGUGCUGUGAAGUGCCUCUUGGAGCAGGGAGCAAAUCCUGCAUUUAGGAAUGACAAAGGACAGAUCCCUGCUGAUGUUGUUCCAGACCCAGUAGAUAUGCCGUUAGAGAUGGCUGACGCCGCAGCCACUGCUAAGGAAAUCAAGCAGAUGCUCCUAGAUGCGGUGCCUCUGUCAUGUAACAUCUCAAAGGCCAUGCUCCCAAAUUAUGAUCAUGUCACUGGCAAGGCAAUGCUUACGUCACUUGGCCUGAAGUUGGGGGAUCGUGUCGUUAUUGCAGGACAGAAGGUUGGUACAUUAAGAUUUUGUGGAACAACUGAAUUUGCAAGUGGGCAGUGGGCCGGCAUUGAACUGGAUGAGCCAGAAGGAAAAAAUAAUGGAAGUGUUGGAAAAGUCCAAUACUUUAAAUGUGCCCCCAAGUAUGGUAUUUUUGCACCUCUUUCAAAGAUAAGUAAAGCAAAAGAUCGAAGAAAGAAUAUAGCACACACUCCUUCUACAAAAGCUGCUGUCCCUCUCAUCAGGUCCCAGAAAAUUGACAUAGCUCAUGUAACGUCCAAAGUAAAUACUGGAUUAAUGACAUCAAAAAAAGAUAGUGCUUCUGAGUCAACACUUUCAUUACCUCCUGGGGAAGAACUGAAAACUGUGACAGAGAAAGACGUCGCCCUGCUUGGAUCUGUCAGCAGCUGCUCCUCUACAUCUUCUUUGGAACACAGACAGAGCUACCCCAAGAAACAGAAUGCAAUCAGCAGUAACAAGAAGACAAUGAGCAAAAGCCCUUCCCUUUCAUCCAGAGCCAGUGCUGGUUUGAAUUCCUCAGCAACAUCUACAGCAAAUAAUAGCCGUUGUGAGGGGGAGCUCCGCCUCGGAGAGAGAGUGCUAGUGGUAGGACAGAGACUGGGCACCAUUAGGUUCUUUGGGACAACAAACUUCGCUCCAGGAUAUUGGUAUGGUAUAGAGCUUGAAAAACCCCAUGGCAAGAAUGAUGGUUCAGUUGGAGGUGUGCAGUAUUUUAGUUGUUCUCCAAGAUAUGGAAUAUUUGCUCCCCCAUCCAGGGUGCAAAGAGUAACAGAUUCCCUGGAUACCCUUUCAGAAAUUUCUUCAAAUAAACAGAAUCAUUCUUAUCCUGGUUUUAGGAGAAGUUUCAGCACAACUUCUGCUUCUUCCCAAAAGGAGAUUAACAGAAGAAAUGCUUUUGCCAAAUCGAAAGCUGCUUUACGUCGCAGUUGGAGCAGCACUCCCCCUGCAGGCGGCAUUGAAGGGAGCGUGAAGCUGCACGAGGGGUCUCAGGUCCUGCUCACGAGCUCUAACGAGAUGGGUACUGUUAGGUACGUGGGCCCCACUGACUUUGCUUCAGGUAUCUGGCUUGGACUUGAGCUCCGAAGCGCUAAGGGAAAAAAUGAUGGGUCAGUGGGCGACAAGCGCUAUUUCACCUGUAAGCCAAACCAUGGAGUCUUAGUUCGACCGAGUAGAGUGACCUAUCGGGGAAUUAAUGGGUCCAAGCUUGUGGAUGAGAAUUGUUGAGUUAAGCUUCUAAAAUAUUAAAUAAACUCGAAUAUAUAUAUAUAUAAAAUUUGGUGUAAAUAAGGAGUCCAUGGUAAAUGGUUUACUUUAUUUAGCCAUAUUUAAAAUUUGAAAAUAGAGUUAUCUUCUUAAAAACCAUUAUAACAAUUCAGAGAGAGUUCUUUACAAAGCCAUGAAUAUGAACUCUGGGGAGUCAUGGUUCUUUUAAAGCAAUUUUCAAAAUAAGUACCGAUUAAAGCUUUAGGUCCCAAGAAAAUUCUGGGACUCAGGAAGAAAAAGUGCCAUCAGGUGACCAGCUGUUGCAUUUCUUUGCUUAUUCUGUUUUCGUUUCGCACAAACCUAUUGGAUUUUUCUUAGCGCCAUAAUUGCGAAGGGUUUCUCUAGCUUUGGUUACGAGUAAUGUUCACAUGACCUUUUUUUUCGUCAAGCAUUUUUGGAAUUUUUCUUUCUUUCUGUGCUUUAUUACUAAUAAGUCCAAUAAGUGAAUAGUAGCUAGAUGACUAGUAUGUAUUUUUAUAUUUUGGUAAAAUUAUUUGCCCUUUCAGAAAUGCCUCGUCUAAAGAUACAUGAUAAUUUUGGAGUUGGAAGGGGCCUUAGAGCCUCUCCAGCUCUGCUUCUUGUCCAUUGCCAAAUACCGAAGUGGAAGCCUGUCUUACCUGGGGUCACUAACUGGUUGGUUAACUGAGCUAAGAGUAGAAUGUGGGUCUCCUCACUUGUGGCCCAGUGCUCUUUCCUCUAUACAAAAUGUCUAAUCUCAGAUUUUUCUUCUGCUGCUUGACUGCUUCAUCUGGAUGAACUACAAAAACCCAUGAUUAAGGUUUAUGAAUUCAAGUGAUAAUUAGAUUUUUUUGCACAAACUUACUUAACUUCCUUAUUGGAUAUGUUUGUAACACAUAAACACGAAGCACUUUUAAAACGAUGCACUUUUAUCUUUGUGAAGAAUUUACCGUCCUUUCCUCCUGAGAUAUGAGAAACAUUUUAAAAAAUGUAUUUAACAGAAGAGAGCAAAUAAAGAUAUAUUAGGAGGGAUGUAUUAGUUAUUUACUUAAAUGUUUAUAAUAUCUGGAUUUUUUUUUUUUAUUACUCAUAGAACUGGUGUUGGGUUUGCUGUUUUUAUUUCUCGAAUUGUUGCAGAGUUCAGCCUGUUACAAAGCUACAGAACUGUACUGUUUUUAUUUUUCUUCUUGAGCAUAUGUUAACAAACUAAGCUUCAUAUUAGAGUGAUGUCAUAAUGUAAAAUGUUUGCAUUGUGGUUACAUAUUGAAGUUUAUGUCCUGUCUGUGUAAAGAUUCAUCUUUUAUUGUGAAUAUUUAGACUUUACCACAGAAAUACUGGAACAGUUUGCUUUAUAAGAUUAAAAAGUAUCCUUCAGAAUGGAGCUUGCCUUGUGCUUAGAAAUAAUAUGUUGAACUAUUUUGCAAUAUACUAUUUUAAAUCUAAAUUCUGUCACUUCGCUGCCUUUUUAAAAUAGUGUGGUGUUUCAAAUAUUGCUAGAGCUAUUUUCCUGAAAUACAUUUGCAAAAUAAGGCUGCUUUGUAAUCAAGGAAUAUUUUUAUUGAUUGAAGGAAAUGACUGUACUGCAAUUCAAAAGUAAACUUAUUUUAUUAUACAGAUUAUUUCUUAAAAACUCUAUUUAUACCUUAACAUGAAAUCCAUGACCACACUAAACUUGGUUAUUUAUAAUUUUUCCUGUUAAAUAUAAAACACUAUAAAUUAAAAACAGUGAUGCCAACAUUGAAUUUAUUUUUGAGGUCAAAGAACCAGUUGUUCUCUUUAUAUUUAGAUGAGGAUUAUUAAGUCCAUAUAACAUGUAUGUUUACAUAUAUUAUACAUGCAAAUUAGGUGUUUUCAUUUGUGUUUUGCUUAUGAAAUGUCAUUUAAAGUUCAAUUCUUGAGCAUCAAUAAAAAGGGAAGCUGUGUGGUUUUGGAA